GCAUCCUUCGUUGCCAUGGCGACGGGCCGGUCCCGGGGACGGCGGGGCAGCGCGGAGCGGAGCCCCGGCAGCUCGGCGGACGAGACCGAGGGGCUGCUGCUGUUCGCCGGCUCCUCCGCCCGGGACGUCACCCUGGCCAAGACCUUCUGGCUAUCGGAAGCCGGACCCGGCCUCAGCCCGCCGCCCGCACCCCUCCCCCAGAGAAACCUGACCCAAUCGCUCUCCAUGCUGGACCCCAAGAGUGAACAAGUCAUCGUGGAAGCCCACCGAGCCCAAGAAGAGGAAGCGAGAGAAUGGUAUUUUCAGAAGGCGAAGCGAAGGGAAGAUAUUCUGGCUCUUCUGAGAAAACAGAGAGAAGACAGGAUCAGGAAAGAACAACUUGCCCUUCGGCAGAAGCCCAGCAUGAAGGUCAUGGAAGCCAAGAUGGCGGCCGUUGUUUUGGACGGUGAAGAACAGCAGGCGUGGAGGCCCUGAACCAGUUUGAGGACAGAUGGAGCAGCCAAAGCCCUGUCCUACCGAAACAAGCCCGAGCCCGAAGCCUGGACACUCUCCCUAACCCCUACUUGCAGCUCUUCGAGUUUGCCCACCUGAGGCAGGGACCCUGGGGUGGGUGGACUCCCACCUUCAGCUUCCGCCUGUCUCUGGGUUAAGUCAGAGCAGCCGCUGUCCAUCCGACUGUCUUUAAAGAGAGCUUCAUGUACUG